AUGGUGAACUUUCAUACUGUAUUCAUUUCUCUGUCUAAUGCCAAAACCAUGUCUGAACCACAAAAUACAACAUCAUCAUCAUCAGCAUUGGUACCAGUUCACCAUUACCAGCACCACCAUGAACCAGAACAAGAAACACAAGUAAUUGUAUCUCAAGUUGCAUUACCUAAUCCCUCUGCAUCGUCAUCUUUAAUCAGAGAAUACAGAAAAGGAAAUUGGACACUCCAUGAAACCCUAGUUCUAAUAACAGCUAAAAAAAUGGAUGAUGAGAGAAGAACCACAACAAAAUCUUCUUCUACUACUACAGCUAAUACCCCACCAUUACUGGUUGUCCCUACCAAUAAAUCCUCCUCUUCUUCUUCUUCUGGUUGUAGAAGUGCUGAGCUUAGAUGGAAAUGGGUUGAAAAUUAUUGCUGGAAGAAUGGAUGUAUGCGAAGUCAAAAUCAAUGUAAUGAUAAAUGGGAUAAUCUGUUAAGAGAUUAUAAGAAAGUUCGCGAAUAUGAAUCAAGAUCUUCGUUUUCUACUACGACUACCACUACUACGAGUGAUAAUUUAAUAAUCCCUUCUUACUGGCAGAUGGAAAAACAUGAACGUAAAGAAAGAAAUCUACCAACUAAUCUUUUUUUUGAAGCAUUUCAAUCUCUUAAUGAAGUUGUUCAACGUAGACAUCUACAACGACAAUCUCAUCCAAAACCAUCUCAACCAUCCAAUAUUAUAGUCUCAACUACCUGUCCCCCUACUAUUUCGGUUGCCAUUCCACCACCACAAGCACUACCUCAUCAACAUCGUUUUCUUCCACCACCUCCUCUACAACCACCGCAAUCUCUUCUGCCACCACUAGUGGAAACAAUAACAACUCCAACGACAGAUUCAACGGAAACAGAAGGGAGCAGCGAGAGAUUAGAGACGGCCGAUAGAAAACGGAAGAGUAAAGUACGUAAACUGGGUGCAAGUAUAACCAGAAGUGCAUCUGUUUUAACUAAAACAUUAACCGAUUGUGAAGAAAUGAAAGAAAAAAGACAUCAACAUAAAAUGCAACUUGAAGAAAGAAAGCUUCAGAUUGAAGAAACAAAAAUUGAAGUUAACAAGCAAGGAUUUAAUGGGUUAAUUACAGCCAUUAAUAAUCUUUCUGGUGCAAUCCAAUCAUUAGUAUCAUCAAACCGUCAGAAUAAUGCUAGCUAAUUAGCACAUAUAAUAACAGCAGAUUCUUAGCUCAUUGUGUAGGUUACGUAUCGGGUGUAAAAAUACGUUUUUUUCUUCUAUCGUUUAAUGAUGAUUUUAAUUGUUUGUUAUAAUUCCAUUCUUGGAA